CAUUUCUAUUUGGCAUGAGAUGCGUCUGGGUAGCGUGAGAGCAUUAGACCGAGCCUGCGAAAGCUUGUGUCUGACUCCUAAAACCGUGAGAGUUGGCAACACUGAUCGGUUAGAUUCAGAUGUUCUUCAACCAAAAAAUCCAGGCACAGUAAAGAAAUAAACUAACUUGCACGUAGCAACGCUGUGUCCACAUCCUCACAGUGUUUAUAAAUAUUUUAACAAAACGACAGUAAAAUUGUGCAGUAGAGCAUGCAGUGCAGUCCUGCUCCCAGGAGUUACUAAAUUGUUCCCACAUGACACUAAUCUUCUCUGCUCAUGUCCCCUCUGGGCUUCCGUACAGCGAUGCAGGGAGAGAGCUCAUGUAACAGCUCGUCUGCUCCACUUCCAUUUCGCUCUCGGUGCAGACUGCUGCUGCUAAGCACACAGUUCCCAGGAUAACUCCCAUCAGAAGGUCCACAGUGUAGUCCAAAGGAACGUUUAUACUUAUCAAACUUUGCAGCACCUCGACCGUGUUUCUUAUCAAAGGCUCCACGCCCAGGCUUAGGGACGGUGUCCCGGGUUUUUGCAAGGCGAGCAGCUGCCACUCAUUUGGACUUCCAUACGUCUGCUUCCGUACGUCUGUAGGAGGAAGUGGGACGUCAGUUCUGGUUGCGCUCGGAUUGACAACCUUCAGAGGAGACUGGGAAGGACUGGGAGUCGCCCUGCUGUUUACUUCACAGCGGACUAAUACCGUCUCCUUCGUCUGGUUGUGGACCGUGAGACAAUAGCGACAGGUGCAUUAUGGGAGACACACGUUUUCUGUGCAUUCUCCUGCUGGCUCUCAGCUUGGCGUCCGUCUCAGGCCGCCCUGAGGACACCCUGAGAAAAAUAAAAGAUCUUGGGGACAAAGACUUUGGCCACAAUUUCCCACGGCAUGGGCUGAAUCUCCUGUACUGGUUCUGCCGUGAGUACAUCACGUUUGAUAACAACGACAACAUGCAACCGGCAAAGGACCCAAAACAAGCUGCAUUUGGAUUUCAUUACUAUGGAAACAAAGAGGACCUUCUCCCUUCGUUGCGCAACCAGAAGGGGUACGCCUACUACACCGUUGGCAACCUGUUCGACGACAGAAACUUACCCCAGGACGAAAAAAUGCCAGAUUACGUCUCGGAGGAGUUCGGACGUUCCAAGAACCUGGAUUCCCGCGAUCAGAACAACAAGGACCGGAUCAUCGUCAGGAGGACGCCGUACGGCGCUAUCGACCGCGUCUACAUCACGCAGCACUACGACUACAGCAGCGACCGCGGGAGCCAGUACGACCCGGACAACACGUACGCCGUCGGCACCGAGCUCAUCAGGGCCGUACGCAACCUCACGCGCGAGAAGUUCCUCAAACCCUUCGCUCCGAGGACCAGGGGCCACUACGCCCUGUGCCAUCCGGAGAGAGGCUCCGGCCCGCCGAAAAACUCCGAGGAGUGCAGCCACAGGUUCUCGGACGGAAGCCGCCAGUCACCCGGCAGCACCCUGGUGUGCCUGUGCUGUGCGGUGCUGGGACUGCUCAUUGGCUGUUUCCAGUAAGGGUGUUAACCUCGGCCUUCAGCACAAAAGCAAUACCAUUUUGAUUCUUGAGGUGACGGUUCGAUAUUUGGCAAUACCGAAAAGUUUGAUACGAUCCAAAAGCUAUAUAUAUAUAUAUAAUAUAUACAGUACUGUCCAAAAGUCUUAGGCACCCUAGAUUUUUAAAUAUAAUAUAUAGUAUAUAUUUGGUCUUAGAUGUUUAUUUUUUGUUUUCUGAAUUAGUGUGUCAGUAGAAAAGAGCAAAUUUGAGAUUUCCAAACAUGAAUUUUCCAAAAAAUGAAAUUUUACAGAUACAUUUUUGUAUUUUGUUAAAUAAAGUAAUAUUUUAUGUAACAGACUACUUUUCAGAUAAAAACUUGAUCAAGGGCCUCUGGGAGCGAAACAGCCUAAAUCUGCAGAAGAACUGUGGCAAAAUGCUUGGAACAACAUACCAGCCGAUUUUCUUAUAAAACUGCAGGACAGUGUACCUAAGAGAAUUGAUGCAGUUUUAUUAUAACCUUUCAUUUCAUGAUUUUUGAAAGCAUCUUAGCUGUACAGUAUUUUACAGGUGCCUAACACUUUUGCACAGUACUGUGUAUAUAUAUAUAUAUAUAUAUAUAUAUAUAUAUAUAUAUAUAUACAAUCCAGCUAACAUAAGCCUGUGACAACAUACACAUACAACAAAAAUGAAGUUGAGGAUGCAAAAACCUUUUGACGUCACAUUCAACAGAAGGAAAAACAGCACUACCGUGAGGUGAAGCCGGAAAUAUAAACAACGAUGUUGCUUCAGAGCGAACCGCUGUAAGAUUACGGGCAUUUAAAAAGAAAUAUUUUGCUAUGAUUCAUAACGAUAUGGAUCGAUUUUUGCAUGUUGCAUCGAUUGGAUCGUAUUGUCCAUGUAUCCUUACAACCCUACUUUUUAGGUGUUUACAACCCGUACUGCAGAUUAUUGCACUGCCAGUAUUACAAUGCCUGUAACUGUAUCCAUUUCUUUUGCAAUAUAUAUAUUCGAUAUAUUUUGGCGAUAUAUAUUCCAUAUGUUUUACAAUGUUCAGACGUGUUAGAAAUGUUAUCCAUUGACUGUUCAUGCGGUCCCUGCAUUGUCCUUAUCUGACCUAGGAAACCCGGUGUCCCUGUUGCUUCCCCACUCAUUUGCAUCAGGGACUACUGGUGCUGUAAAUCAGUGGUUUCCAUUGGGAACCCCACAGACCACCAACCUGCUGCCUACCGAGUCGAUCAUUAAUGUCCCCUUCACAGCUCCCGGUGUUUGAGAAGUUAUAAGUACAGUAAAACAAGAAGUGCACAUUGCAAGGUAUUAAAUCAAGCAAAAUCUGAAGUUCCUGUUAUUAAGGAAACUCCGGUAUAUCACAGUAUUAAGUCAACGUGGGGCAUUUGCACUAGUACCCUGAUGCAUGCUAUUUAUAUUAUCCACUUCAAACGCAUCCUAAAGUAUUGUUUAACUGUAUGUAAAUGAAAGGUGCAUGGUUAGUGCGAACAGGUUCCGAAAAGCACAAUACCACCAGGAACUGAACUUUCUAACCCAUCUGUAGACUGAAGUUUAAAUUUCAUUAUUGAUUAGAUGCUGAAAUUAUUUUUUACCAGGUUCCUCGCCUUGAAAUUAAUUUCCCUUCCCAUAUACUAAAUCUGCUAUAUAGUUAGCUGUUUGUGUUUGUUUACAAAUAACAUAUUUAUUGAUUCACAUCAAAACCCAAUUUAUUCCUACAAAUGUGGGUUAUGGAAAAUAUUAGCAAUACUUGUAUAUGUAUCUAGUAUGGUGACAUUUGCACUGUAAUACGAGAUGGAUUCAUUGUUUUUUUUUUUCACAUACCAAAAUGAAAUAUUAUUUCCAUAUUAUGUUUAGCACUGUGUCAGGGUUUCUUACCAACUUGUGCACUUAGUUAGCCAAAUAAUUUUUUUUUAUCUGAUUUUUUCUUGAUAAUGUAAUGUAAUGUAAUGCAUGUGCUGCAGCUUCAGAUUGUAUAUGUAUAAUUGUUUUUUUUUUCUAUAACCCCAUAAUUUGUAUGCAAAUUAAAAUAUUUAAUUUGUUAUGAUAUAUGGACAUAAAUAUGUGCAGGUAUGGAUGGUCACUACCCUUCAGUCUAACAUGACCAUUUGACUUGCUUUUUUUGGACAAUGUCAAACCUCAGGUGCAUUGUUUAAUGUUUCCCACUUUCAUCCUAAAACAUUGUUCAACAGUCUUUUCUUGGAUGGUGCUAAGAUGUCCACUUCUAUAGGUAUGUUUUGUCAAAAUGACCUUGAUUGGAGGUGACAGAAAAUUUCACGCACCAGGAUACCUGUCUCCCCUCUUCAGUGAAGUGAGAUAGUAUUCAUGCCCUUGUUUGUAUGCAGAUGGUUUUCUUUAAUAUUUUGUAUGUUUGAAUAAAUAAGUUUAAAAAAACUGA